AUCAUUCAACACCAAACCGCAAAAAAUUACAAGAAAUCCACAACGGAUACUUACGCACGCACAAAUGCAUUUAUACAACACAAUAAUCAUCAAGGGGUUUUAAACUAAAUUGAAAGAAUCACAAAUUACUCAAGUAUCCAGCGACGAAGCGCCAACAACGAUCAAAUACAUUUCAAGUGUGACAAAAUUUAGUUAAAAAUAAAUAAAAAUUUAAGUACUUGGUUUAGCACGCAAAUUAAAAUAAAAAUGGACAAUAGAUUAAAAGUGACAAAGAAAGAUAUAGCUUUCAAAGUAAUACAACUGCCUGCUGCAGCCGAGUGUGUUUCCGAAAAGUCAUCCUUACAAGAUCAGCCUUCGAAGGAAGCAAUCGACAUUGAAGGCAAUGAAGGUGCUGCUGAGACUGUGAUCAGUGUGACCAGUGGGGCUGAUAUGAUCGAUGGUCCUAUAGGAGAUGAUCAAGCAACUGCUCCACCCACCAACGAAAAACUACGUCGAAUCGAUAGCAUGAAUUAUGCCGGAAAUAAAAACUUAGCAGAAGGUUUAAUGGAUAUUGCACUUUUGUCAGCGAAUGCUAAUCAGUUGUUUUUGCUUACAUACAACGAUAAAGCGAGCACUUACUACAUGAGUCUGUGUUUGGUAGGGUUGUCCUUGGUGCUGCAAGUGGCCGUUGGUGUUGGGCUAAUUUUUAAGCGCCACUUGAAGAGAACUGACAGCUGCUACUUCUAUAUAAAAGAAUUCUUGCUCUGCGGCGUUUUCAUUAUUACCGUAGUGAAUAUACUCCUCGCCGCAUUCACCACAACCGAUGGCACUGAAAAAGCAUAGAAACUAAGAAAUCCGCUGAUAGAACGAUAACUAUAUAUGUAUAUGAACAAUGAACAAAUUUACAAAUGAACCUAAUAAAGACUGCCAAAAAUAUUCUA